AAUCUGUUUAUAUCAGUUUUAUAGAAAUCAGAUUUUUUUCCAUAUUUGAUUGAAGGCGUAAGUGCAAAAAUAACACUUUUCACUAUAAACAACAAAAGUUCCUUUGAAACGAACUGUUCAAAAGAACCGAUUCGCUCAAAGAGUCUGUGCGCGCUGACGGUGUUGCAUUCGCUCGAGCGCAUCAGCGGCGCAGCAUCAUUUCAACGCAGCAGUUUGAGAAGACGCAACACAAAAUGGCUUUGCGAAUUUAACGCUCGACUGAGAAGGAACGCUCACAGCACUAUCAGGAAUAUAGGGCGCUCUGGUUUUCUGAAAUAAUAAAGACCACGGAAGAAAUAAGCCUGGAAAUCAACGACGGACAGUGGGGGGAAUCUGGGGACAGUCAUGGCGGGGGUGGGAGCCAGGGGGAGAAAGACGGGACUCCCGGGGGUCUGUUGGAAAACAUGCUAUUUCCACAUUCUCUUCUGGGUCGUGUCUGUUUGUGGAGAAGAGAGGACCUUCAUUGUUGAGACGUGGCUGAAGAACUAUGGCUAUCUGCUCCCUCCGGACAUUCGGACGUCGGACCUGCGAUCGGAGAAAGCCAUGCAGUCGGCAGUCGCUGCCAUGCAGCGGUUUUACGGUAUUCCAGUGACGGGAGUGCUUGACCAGACCACCAUCGAGUGGAUGAGAAAACCUCGGUGUGGAGUUCCAGAUCACCCUCACAUCAGCCGACGGAGGAGAAAUAAACGCUACGCCCUCACUGGUCAGAAAUGGAGGGAGAAAAAGAUCACAUACAGCAUACAUAAUUUCACACCCAAGGUGGGCGAGAAAGACACCAAGAGGGCCAUUCGCCAGGCCUUCGACGUCUGGCAGACAGUGACCCCGCUGACCUUUCAGGAAGUGGCCUACUCUGAGAUCAAGAACGAGGGUAAAGAGGCGGACAUCAUGAUCUUCUUUGCCUCUGGUUUCCAUGGUGACAGUUCACCGUUUGAUGGAGAGGGAGGUUUUUUAGCUCAUGCAUAUUUCCCUGGUCCUGGAAUUGGCGGAGACACACACUUCGACUCUGAUGAGCCCUGGACGUUAGGAAAUGCCAAUCACGACGGCAAUGAUCUUUUCCUGGUGGCCGUGCAUGAGUUGGGACACGCGUUGGGUCUGGAACAUUCCAACGACCCCAGUGCGAUCAUGGCCCCCUUCUACCAGUACAUGGACACGCACAACUUCAAACUGCCUCUAGACGACCUGCAGGGGAUCCAGAAAAUCUAUGGUGUUCCCACAGCCUUGCUGGAGCCCACCCGACCUCUUCCUACUCUACCUGCCCGACGCACACACUCCACCUCUGAGAGGAAACACGACCGGCAUCGCCCCGCUCGCCCACCCUCUGGAGAUCGGCCGUCCUCUCCCGGUAACGGAAAACCUAACAUCUGCGAUGGCAACUUCAACACUGUGGCCUUCUUUCGACGGGAGAUGUUUGUUUUUAAGGAUCGCUGGUUCUGGCGUUUGCGCAACAACAAAGUUCAGGAAGGCUAUCCCAUGUUGAUUGAGCAGUUCUGGAAGGGUCUACCUCCUCGCAUUGACGCUGCCUACGAGAGAUCAGAUGGCAAAUUUGUGUUCUUCAAAGGGGAUAAAUACUGGGUCUUCAAGGAGGUUACAGCAGAACCUGGGUAUCCUCACAGUCUGGUAGAGUUGGGCAGCUGUUUGCCCCGCGAUGGCAUCGACACAGCCUUACGCUGGGAACCUGUGGGCAAAACCUAUUUCUUCAAGGGCGACCAGUACUGGCGUUACAAUGAGGAGAAGCGUACAGCUGACCCAGGCUAUCCCAAACCCAUCAGUGUCUGGAAGGGCAUCCCCGAUGCCCCGCAAGGAGCCUUCAUCAGUCGAGAAGGAUUUUAUACCUACUUUUACAAGGGAAAGGACUACUGGAAGUUCGAUAACCAGAAGUUAACUGUGGAGCCAGGCUACCCAAAAUCAAUCAUCAAAGACUGGAUGGGCUGCGAUCAAUCUGAAGUAGUAAAGAACAAGGACCGUCACCUCCCUCACGAUGAUGUCGACAUCAUGGUCGCCAUUAAUGAUGUACCCGGCACUGUAAACGCAAUCGCUGUGGUCAUCCCGUGCAUCCUCUCACUGUGCAUUCUGGUCCUUGUAUAUACUAUCUUCCAGUUCAAGAACAAAAAUGUCCAACAGCAAGUGACCUACUACAAACAACCCGUGCAGGAGUGGGUAUGACGGACUGGGGGGCGCGAAGGACCCCAAAUGCUUGACAACAUAAGUGAGGGCUACUAUGCUGAGGGUUGACCAGUGCCUGUUUUCUGAACCUUCAACCUUGUCCUUGAACAGGAACAAAACAUGAGGAAAGGGAGUAUCUUCUUCCUUCCCACUUGAGACAAAACUUAACAACAAAUAUUGCAAUUUUUUUAGCAUGAGCCCAACGGACAACUCUUCUGGGGAUUUAACAUUUGAAGUUGUGCCCUGGCCUUAUGCUAACCAGAUGAAGUCUUAACAGUCAGAAACCAUCACUCCAAUUUGACCAUGACCAUCUUUUCUCCAGGAGAGUUAGAGGAACCGCAGAUUUGCAAAACGCCAGCAAAUCCUUGUCUCGUUCGCAACAUAGACUUGUACGUGAAUUUCAAGUAUUAUCAAAGAAUUUAAACGAGCAAAACAACUAAAAAUACUUGAAAACCAUGUAGGUAGAAAGGCCAUAGAAAAGAAUACCAAGGAAUUCUUGCAGUCUUUUUCAUUGAUGGGAUAAAAGGUUCACCUCUGGCACUCCUUGAAGACUUCAACAUGUUUUUUAGAGGUGGAUAGGAGGCACUUUCAAACUAAUUAGCUUCAUAACAUCAUCUGAAUGUUUGCUAGAAUUUUUUUCCCCUUUCCUCACCUGCCUAUCCAUUUCCACAGAGUAGGAAGAAUGAUUUAUAAUAACUAGGUCAGUCUUAACACCUCCUCCCACUCACUACAGUACUCUAUUCCUUUUCAUCUUUUGCUGUUUUAUCAGUCUGUAACAAAAGAGGAUCUCUUUUUAAUGGCAUUAGGUCUUUAUAGGAGAGUAAUUUUGUGUCAUAAUAGGCACAAUUUGGUUCUUUAGAAUAAGGCCUGAUUUCUUGCAAUCCCUAUAUUACAUUUUGCUUUUAUUAGUCAUAUUUCCAACCAUCUUGCACAGUUUUUUUGUUACGACCUUACCUUUUCACCAAGUGUUAUAUUUGAAACACUGGUGCCAGGCAGGAACCAUGACCAAUGAACACAUCUGAAUAUAUAAUAGCUUUGUUACCGUUGCCUCCAGGAGAUGAUCUCUCAACAGUUCAUCCAUCCUCUUUGAAUGAACGUAAUAUGCUGUAUGUCUUACAUUUUCAUGUUUUCAGUGUGGAUCGUCUAACGCUUAGCUCAUAAAUGUCUGUUGGGUGCUUUUAAUGGUUCGACUGUGCUAUUUAAUGGUGAAGUGUGUCUGACUGUCCCAUAUUAACCCAUCUCUUUGUGCUCAUCUGCUGUGGAAAUGGAUCUGAUACAUUGCACAUUGGAAGGAGAUGAGAAGUAAUUGAUGUUUAUAGAAUUCCAAAUGGAACUUAUAAGUGACACACACACACACACACACACACACACACACACACACACACACACAUAUAUAUAUAUAUAUUAGAAAAGGUUUGUAGCAUCUUAAUCGCAAAAUUAAGAUGGUACAUUUGGCGAGACUCCCUAAAAGGCUUCACUUGGCACACAGUUUAUCAUUUGAUAUUGGGGUUUUACUGAUAUUUUUGCCUUAACACAUUUAGGUUAAAUGUUAUGAAAACCAUUUUAUUUUUCUCUGUGGAAAGAGCAUUUUUUUGUUUAUUCUGCAGAGAAUCAUGUACAUAUUGUAUUCACAAUUCAGUGGAGCAUGGGUCUGCAACAGAAACUACCUGGCAUCUUCUUUUAGGCUUCUAAUGUGUCUCCAAUGGUUUGAGCAUUAUUCAAACUGGCUUCACUGGCAUGGUGUUUGUGACAGUAUGUCACUUCUGUAGUUUCCAUAUGUACAUCUGCCCAAAAGAUCAUAAUUUUGUUAAUACAUUUCAAUCAACAUUUUUUCUAUAUAGUCUGUUGAAGGUUUUGUGGGCAUGAGAAAAUUUAUCUCUAAACCCUUGUCUUCCAAAGAUUUUCACCCUCUUUGCGUGGUCUUCUUAAAGCUUUUGGACCUUCUUAAAAGGGGAUCCAUCACGUAACCACUGAUUCGAAAGACAAAAUACAGCAAACUUUCAGUGCAGUGCAACUAUGAAAAUGUAUUAAUUGCAACAUAUCUCACAUUUGUGAAUUUAUUUCACCUAUUUCUAACUUUGUAUCUCCCAUUUGUGGCUUCAUAAUUUACAAAGUGACAUUACAUCAAAUUUUUAUUUUUAUUUUCUUACACUUUAUUUCUCAACAUGUGACUUCUGAAUUAAAACUAGCAAUAUAUAUUUUUUUCUACUCUUAAGGCAAAAACAGGCUAAACAGACUAGUGGCGACUAAUUCCAUCACAAAAAAAGUACUGUGGUUCCAUGAAACAGUGAUAAUAUCAAAUGUGUUUAUCAUAGUACUUUGAUAUGUGUCAUGUAACUGAAUGAUUAUCAAUAUUUGCAUAGUACUUUAUACUAGGGCUGUGCGAUUAAUCUUAAUCGUCUUAAAAUCACGAUUAGAGCGUGCACGAUUUCUUAAUCGCUUUAAAGCACGAUUUUCCACAGCCCCGACCCCCCGCAGUAUAUUCUAUACGAUCCAAUCAUAAUGCAACACGCUUAGCACGAGAACAGAACAGACUGGGCAUAUGCCUAUACGUAACUCCAGGUUCACACACUGUCUGUGAUGCGUCUUUUUUCCGAGCUCAUCUUAAUGGAUCAGAGCGUUCACACUGCACGCGGUAAAAGGCUAGAAAUAGAAACGUGCAAAAAUAAUUAUUAUCUAGCACAUGAGCAUAGAGAGAGUUGUGAGUGCACAGGACGCAGUUUGAGUGAGAUGAGACACGGUUUAAGUGUGUGCACUCUCUCCGGGCAAAAGCUGCUUCUGCACCACUUACACAUACUGUAUACACACUGCAGACGGCGUACGUGUGAACCUGUAUAAUGUAUAACAAACUAUUUUAACACCUGAGGCACGCUACAAUGAGCUCUAUGACCAAUGCGUGAGAAAAAAGAAACAAAAAAGUCCCUGGACACGAUAUUUAUUUAUUUAUAUUUUUUUGCCAUAUGUCUAGACAUUUUGUUUAACAUCUUUACUUAGUGAUUAUUUUGACUUACGUUUGUUCUAGACGUGUUACAACUUUUUGAUAAAGCUCCCAUUGGCUUUCUGUUUGAAAUAUGUUUCAAAUUCAUACUGAAUACAUUUAUGACUGUAAAGCAUAUCUGUGUGUGUCAAAAUCGUGAUUAAAAUCGGAAUCGCAAAAUUGAUCAAAGAAAUCGCAAUAGGUUUUUUUUGUCCAUAUCGCACAGCUCUACUUUAUACCAUUGUACUUUUUGGUUGGAAGAAUACUUGGUGUGAUGAUGAUUUUAUGACAUUGCUUUGCAUUGACUAUAGAAUGUUUUAUAACACGGUGGAAAAAUUGGGUUAUGUGACUGUACCCCUUUAAGACAUGUGCCUUGUCUUUAAGUCCGCUAUGGCACACUGAACACUGUUCAUUUGCAUUAAUUUCCACCUAAUUUUUAUUUAAACUGUGGAUUUAUGAAUACAUCCCUUGAUAUAUUAUUCAAUGCCUUUACUAAGUGAAAACAACGCAUUACCAGUCAUUUUUACUGCCCUCCAUCUCAUAUAUCAUUUUUUGGACCUGUUAUGCGAGCAGCUUGGUCGUGGGAAGAAAAGUGGCAUGAAACCACAGCAGAUUUUACAUGUUUGUGCCCACUUGGGAAAGAUCUGAUGUUAUUGUUUCUCAGCUCUGAAUUCCGCAUUUUUAUUAGUCAGCUCUGAAUCUAGAGCAACAACAACAACUUCUUGCAACAACAAGCAAUGUGUCUGUAAAGUGAUCUAAUGUCUCGGGUACAGGAAGUAUUGGGUGGGAGUUUUUUUUAAAGGAACACACUGUGCAUCACCAAUUGUCUUCCUCAACUUUAAAUCUAUCCGAUGAGCUGUUGUUGGUACAAAAGACGGCAAACCACUUGCUCUAAUAAGCCAUGGAUUGAAUUUGACAAUGUGGGACAAUAGUGUGUUCCAUACUUAAGAGGUUUUGUGUUGUUUAUCUAUGUCUGAGAUCUUGUAUAGCAGUGUUAAAGUAUAUUCUUUAUCAAUAUGACAAUGGCUUGUGAUGGAAGAAAACUCAUGUGGCAAUGCUGCAGAUGUACUCUAUAUUGGGAUCAAAAUGUUAAAUUAAAAUUUAUUUACAGAUUAAUGGAUAAUUGUCAAGGUCACGUCAUGCAUCAUGAUCAGUCAUAUUGCUAUCCACAUAAAGGUGUUUCUGCAAAACACAUAUAAAUCCAGCUAUAAACCUACUCCCAAACUAUAUGCAAACACAAAAAUGUUUACUUCCAUAUUUUUCUGUACAAUAUAUUUGCCCUGUUUGGCAAAUUAACAUUAUGUGGAUUGCAUAUGCAAUCCCAAAUAUCUGUAUGCCGGUGUAUUUCCAUUUGGGACAACUGAUGUUUACAAAUGUGACCUAAACAAACAGAUGCAUUUACGCUUGUGAUUCAAACCAUGUCCAGAAUAUUAGUCUCAAAUGCCUCUUUGACGGCAUUUACACUUUUCAUGCAUUACUAAAAAUGCAUGAUGUGACCAUUAUUUUUUCUUUAAACCUGCACUAUUGUCACUUAAAGAAUCUUUUGUAAAAAACAGAAAAUUUUAAUUCCAGACCAUGCCAUUUCAUGAGGAAUUCCUAAGCUAACAGCACCGCGCAAGCAAUUAUGUGUAUAUAUUAACACACUGAACAUUCAGCAGUGUCUGAGGUGAAAUGUUUAAUGUAUUUAUCAAAGGUGGAUAUCUUUAGAAAUUUUUGUCGUAGGGUGAAGUGAACGGUUUGUAAUGAUAGAGGCUUAUAUGAAAAGCUAUUUAUUUAUCAUUAAUGGUGACAUACAUUUAUUCUACAGUUUAUUUGAAAUCAAGGUAAAGCCAUGCCUAUAACCACAUCAGUUGCACAGAAAAAAUAAAAUAAAAAUACAGAACUGUACAGGGAGAUACGCAAAAUAGGAAUUCUCUGGUAAUUUGCCUCUUUUAAUGGGUAUGAUUGUGGCUUUGGACAACAGUCAUUUUUAACCCAAGCUGCUGUUGCCUUUUGUUUUUUAUGGUCCUUUUAUGAGACUAACAAUAGGACAAACAUAUCAGAGGUAGUCAAGGAACUAACUGUAUUUAUGCUUUUUAAUUAGAGAGGGUUAACUUUAAUGGAGAUUUUAUCUGAGAUAGCUUUAAAAAAAAAAAAAAAAAUUGGUUUGUUUUUUAUUCUUAUUAUUUUUCUUGGCUGACCAAGAUGAAAUUUCAACUGUAUCUGUGUAUAUAACUGGUUCUUUUUUCCCUUUGACAAGAAUUUAAGAGUGAAUGUCUCACUCUGUGAUUUAAAUAAAUGUAGAUUCUGUCAUUGGAAUUUUGAUAUUUUCUGAUUUACUGGUCAAAUGUUGCUGUCUGCUCAGCCUCGUCAGGUUUUAAUGGUCAUGUAAAUACAAAGAUUUACUGAAACUUUUCAGACCUUUUGUAUUUUGCUUUCACUCUUAACGGUAGCCUCUGAUUUCCUAUGACACAUUGUCAUGCAUAAUGUUGAUUAUUAAAAAAUGAGAGUGAUCUUAAACGGAUUGAUUUAUAAAUAUUAGAAAUGAUUUAAGUUUUAUUUCUUAAAUCUUUUUUUUAAUUCUGUAAACAAGGAGUCGUUUUUAUUUCGGUUUUCAGUCUACAGUUUUACACUGUGUAUCUACUAUCACCAUGUUCAAAGAAAUGUCAAUAAAAUAAAAUUACAGAAAUGCCAAGUGAUGUUUGAUGCAUUAUAUAAUGACAUAUAUAUAUAUAUAUAUA